AUGCAACAAAACAAGCCAUUGGUUUACGGUCUUAAUUUAAAUUCCAAAAGAUCCUCUGGCCAAUUAACAAAACCGAAGAGGGCAGCGAUUUUCACAGAAGACGAUAAUCAGGAUUCUAACGAUCCUAUUGAAAACACUAAAUCUAACUCAAGAUCUUACACAAGAACCGUUAAUGCACAGAUAUUGUCUUCAAGUUCUAUAAGUCAGUCGGUUCGAGAACAAUAUAAAGAAGCGUUAGAAGAGGAUCCCACGGUUUUUGCAUACGAUGAAGUAUACGAUGAUAUGAAAAGUGUUGAAAGAAAUAGAUUGGAAGAGAUCAAAGGAAAGAAUGAGAGAUCUAAAAAGCCAAAAUAUGUUGAUAGUUUAUUAAAAGCCGCAGAAAUUCGACAGCGGGAUUAUAUUCGAGCUCAAGAACGCAAGGUACAAAAAGAACGAGAGGCUGAAGGUGAUGAAUUCGAAGGAAAAGAAACUUUUGUAACUUUGGCAUAUAAAGCACAACAGGAAGAAUUGAAAAAAGCCGAGGAAGAAGAUAGACUUCGAGGUGAGAAAAAAAGGAUUGCUUACAAUUUUGAAUUGGUCUAUCGGAUGCAACAUUUACACUUGCAAAUGUUUAUAGAAACGGAAGAUGCAGCUGGUGCGAAAGAUAUGACGCCAUUUUAUAGAAAAUUGUUAGAGCAAACUAGUUUAUCAAAAACCGCUGCCAUUGAAGCAAGUCGUUCAUCCUCAAAAAGAUCGGCAUCAGAAAUCGACCGGGACGAUUCUAAUAGUCAACAGCCGAAAACUGAUAAAGAACUUGCGGAUCAAGCCAGAGCAUCUGGUAAAAUAGUAAUAUUAAACGAUGAUGAGCAAAUAGUGGAUAAGAGACAACUUUUAUCUGCUGGAUUAAACGUCACGAAAAAAAAGGGUUCAAUGUCGCGGUCAUCAGGAAAAGAUAAUUCAUCAUACAAUAGGUCUUAUAAAUAUCGUGAUGGCGGAAGAUAUGAUGAUAAAUACGACUCUAAGAAUAGUGAAGAAAGGCGUCGUCGUGAAAGACAAAGUCAAGAAUUAGAGAGACAGAUUAUAGAAACUCAACAAAAAAAUUUGGAGGAAGAGAGGCGCAAAGAAAUGGAAUUAUUAAGUAAAUUGUCAAGAAAGAAUGAUGAAAAAGCAAUUUCAGAUGCAAAAGCCAGAUACCUAGCUAGGAAAAAGAAAGAAUAG